UCCUGUCAUAAAGCUCCCUAAAACGUGAUGUCACACACAGAGACCACUCUCCUUGCAAAAGGGAGGGGCUGUACACUGGACUCCCAGACUUAACUGGCUCCAGUGCCCUUCUCAGGCUCGGUCCUGGGGCCUGGAGGUGAGUAGGCUGCUGGACACUGAUAUGAUCGAAGGAUACUCUGCAGAUCACUGACGUCAUCAGGGUUGGCAUAGCUGGAAAGUAGGCUUGAAGGCUCCCUCAAUAAGGUAAGAAUUGUCUUUGACUCCUAGCCUACGUUUUUGGCUUCCUUCCCUACUUGGCAUCACCUUUCUCCCCCUCGACUCAUUUUCACCCCUUUCCUCCUUUAAACAUCCACUCAGAAAAAGCCUGGUAACUCCACUCACACCAAGUUAUAAAUGACUAACAAAGCUUGCUGCCGAGCACAUUGCUAGCAGUAUUCCCAGAGGAGAUCGAGGGGAAGGUAGGUGCCUUGCGAAGAAAUGAAGUGAGCCAAGGCCUGGAAAGGGCCCACUGGAUUUCUGUGACUGGUGCAUAUCGUUGACCUUGCUGAGAGAGGUUUCGGGGACUUACGGGGACAGAACCAGAUUGAGGUGGGCUGCGGAGUGAGGGAGAGGUAGAGCGAAGACAUCCACUGUAGGCGGCUCUCUCAAAGAGACCGGUGUGAAGGGUAGGGGACCAGGAGGCCGGUAGCUGGAGAGGGCCUUGUUUUUUAGUGGAAGAGAUGAGCGGUGUGUUUAAAUGCUGAUAGGAAGGGGCCGGAAGAGAAGGAAUGGCUGAAUAUACCAGUGAGAGGGGAGACCCCCAAACGCCCAGGUUGUGAGAGGACCAGAUGGAAUUCAGUAGAGGAGCGGGGGCUGGUCUCAGAGGAAGUGGCCCGCGAGAAGCAGAGAACGUAGGUGGGUUUGGUGGCAGAAAGUCAAGGGGACUCACAUCCGAUGGUACCUGUGUUCCCUGCUAAAAGUGCGGGAGGCAGAGGUGGGCUGGGCUGUUUAAUGAGACUCUGAAGUAGUCCCUGUGGACACUGAGGAGCUGACUUGGGGAUGGAGGCUUGCGGGGCCCAUCAAGGGCCCAGCUCUCCGGAGACAUCAACUUGACAGUGGUGUCAAUUUACAGGGGAUUCCAAUGUUGAGGGUGGAGGGGCGUGGUUUCCAGACAGGAUGUUUCUAGGAGGCUAGGGAUUUCCCCCAGUACUCCCCAAAUUAUUCUCGAAAUAUUGAAUAACCCAGAAAGCACUUUAAAGUUUUGGUAGUUUCUAGUCAUUAUUAUUUACUAUUAUAAUGUUCUACCAACGCCUGAGAACAUGUUACGCCAAAUGUCCAACACAGCCUCACCUUUCUCUUUAAUUCUACCCCAACCCCCUUUUCCCAUUCGGUGCCCUGGGACUUAACCUUUUCAGCUCUGAGGGCAUUGGAACCAUCUUUUGUUUGGCACCCUGAGGUCUUAGGAGGAAUUUCUAAGCAUUUUCUGAGCUCCAAGGGUUAGCCCACUGCAUCCUGAGUUCGACCUCUGUUUGUGACCAGCAGGCCAUCCCCUGCUGAGCCCUGCCGGUGGGGUUCCUUGCCACUCCGCCCCCACCCCAACGUGACUCCUGCAAGCCCUGUGGUUCAGGAACACGGGGCUCCUGGGCCUGUGAGAGACACUGACUGUUGCCCACCUUUUCUUCUUAGACUGAAAAUGGUGUUCGGUCUGUGCCACCAGAGAGAGAGGCUCUUCAAGUCCCUGUACGUGGUGCAGAUCUUCGUCCUCGCAGGAGGGCUGUACUACUACUUUCAGAGGUCCCUAGAGAAAACAGCCCCUGCCCACGAGGUUGCUGGGGCGUCCUUGCAGGUAGGGACCUGCGACAGGGCCCGGAGGCCGGGACUCGCUCCUGGCCCUCAGAUGGUCAACCAACGCGUGCGUGUGCGUGUGCGCGUGCGCGUGCGCGUGCGCGUGCGUGUGCGCGUGCGCGUGCGUGUGAGAGGGUUCUGGAGACAUUUCCUGCUUCCGGCAAAGAGUCGAAACCCAGGCCCCACCCCUUGUGGGCUGGCCAUAUGGUCACCUCAAGGCCCCGGGGCAGUGGCCUGGAUAAACGCAAAGGAACAGGUGGCCCUAGUGCACCCCGUGGAGGAGACCUUGAGGCCGGUGUGGGGGCCGAUGAAUAAGUGCUACCCUGUGACUGCUCAGAGACGCAGAAUCAAGAGUGGGAAGAAGCCAGCCCCUAAGCAGGCUGUGACCCCCGAGGCAACUGGAAGACCGAGUGAUACGGCCCCCAAGGAGGAGGCCAACAGCCUGUCGCAGGAUGACGGGAAGGCGAGGUCUCCAAGGCUGGAAGCAGCCAGCCCCAUUCGCCCUGGGGAGGAAGCGGCUGAGGAGGCGGCGGCAGGGAUCCCAGGCUGGACGGGAGAUGAGAAGGCCCAGAAGGAGAGUGCUGUAUACCUUGGUAAGACAGCCAACAGCACCCUGCUCCGCACAGCCUCCCUCCCUAACCUCGGCGACCCUGUAGAGGUCACAGAUUCCCGGCUGCUCGCAGACCCUCCUGUCCCGAGGAGGGGAGAUGUCCAGGCAGCCAGAAGCCCUGACCUUCUGGAAUGAGCCGCCCUGCCUCCUGCACCCUCCCCAGGCUGGCGGAGCACCUUGCUCCAGU